AUGAUCCUACGCCUCGGCGCCAAGGUGGCACUCGCCCUGCAAGCACUGGCUCUGCUCGGUGAGCAUGUUGCAGCACAACAGUUUGAGGGUGACGCGUAUGAAAAUAGCCUGCCAAACGUGCCAGGGGCAGAAAAGGCGUACUGGAAAAUCACAGACAAGAAGGGACGCACGUUCACUCAGUUGAACUACUUCUCACAGGACGGAAACCGCAAGCGCUUGGUUCCAGAGAAUGUUCAGCGAGUCGUAAUCAUCGUCCAUGGGGCAAACCGCGACCCGCAGCUGUACAUGUCCAAUAUGCUCAGUGCUCUCGCGCAGGUGCGCAAAUCGGCUGGACCAAACUUCACGAAUACACAGAUCAUCACACCCUACUUCCCCAACGGUGAGGAUAAGGGCGUCGGUUACCCCUGGGACAGCAGUGCGCCCGCGGGUGGUUAUGGCUCGACAUCGAACGCGCUCGUCUGGUCGGGGAAUUCCUGGAUGGACGGCGGCAACAACCAGUACCCACGACAGCAGAUUGCGACGUCAUCAUAUGAUUGCAUCGACCAGAUCAUCCAGUACUUUGCUGACAAGUCUCGCUAUCCCAACGUCCAUCAAAUUGUCGUGGGAGGCCACAGCGCUGGUGCUCAGUUUGUACAUCGCUAUGCCGCGGUCGGCUAUGAUCUCUCUGAAUACCUCGGCGACGUUGGCCUCACGCUCUGGGUCGGAAACCCCAACAGCUACCUGUGGUUGAACUCGAGCCGCCCCAUCGACACUUCUAAUUGCGCUGACUACAAUGACUGGCGCAUGGGUCUGGACAACUACGACCAAACAUACAACAAGGAGCUGGUGGCCCGUGGCGUCGCCGCGGUCCAGGCCAAUUACAACUCCAAGUCGAUUGCCUACGUCCGGGGUCUGCGAGAUCGUGGCGACACAUCAGACGACUGCAGUCCCUUCGUCGAAGGUCAGCAACGCGACGAGCGCUUCUUCAACUUCAUCAAUGCGUUCCCGCCGUCUUGCGCCGGCCCUGCAGACCCCGCCUGUGAUACCGUGGACUACGUCAACAUUGGCCACGAUGCAGGCUCCAUUUUUGCCUCCGCUGCUGGUCAAGCUCGGCUCUUUAUCGACAACUUCACUGGUCAGAAGGACAAGAAGCCAGACUAUUUUUGCCCACGUCAGCAGGCUGGUGACAGUCCGCUUCCAGACCCGACGUGCGACCGCGUGGUUCAACCACCGAGCGGCACUUUCAACGGCAUGACGUAUCAAGGUUGCUGGACCGACAGUGGCAUAGCUAGUCUGUCCAAGCGCAUGCCGGACGACUCGAGCAACAGCGUGGAUAGAUGCACAAAGAAGUGCGCCGAUGCUGGCUACGCUCUAGCGGGCAUGGAGUUUGGCACCCAAUGUUUCUGUGGCGACCAACUGACCAGCAGGGCGACACAAGUCGCCGAGCGUGGUUGUUUCCAGGACUGUGCAGGGGACGAUACGCAGAUAUGUGGCGGUGGCAGUCGCCUGUCGCUCUGGGGUACCGGCAAGCCAACCGUGCUUCAGCCACCGCGAAACCCGCCGUCUGUAGGGGCGUACAAGUAUGCUGGCUGUUACAAGGACAAUCAAGGCAGCAAAGCGAUGCCUGUCGGUAAGCCCGGCGGCAGCUCUUUGACGCUUGAGAAGUGUGCUUCUGCCUGCGCUGGGUACAACUACUUUGGCACCGAGUACGCCUCCGAGUGUACUUGCGCCAACCUCCUCGUGGGCCGGAGCAACACAAAGACGGACGACAGCGACUGUUCUAUGCCUUGCUCAGGCGACCCAUCGCAGUUCUGCGGCGCGGGCAACCGCCUUACCUUGUAUUCUCUCAACGGUGGCCCGGUUAACUACCAGGGCAGUGGUUCGGGCUCUACGCCUCCAGCAACCCCCUCCUCGUCCGGCACGCCCAAUACCGAUCUUGUCUGCCCGAGCAGCAACGGGGCCACAUACACCUCAAGUGGCAAGAAGUUCACGGUACAAUGUGGUACUGAUCACGCGGGUAAUGAUCUCAAGUCAUUGAGCACGGACACGUUUGCAGGCUGUAUCGACGCCUGCGCCGCCACAAAUGGGUGCGUCGUCGUUGCCUAUUCUGGAACGGCUUGCUAUCUGAAGAACGGAAUCGGCGCAGAAGUCAAGAAUGGCGUUUGGGGUGCGGUCAUUCAGUCUACGUCGACGCCUGCUACAAAAACAACCUCAACUGUCUCGUCGACCACAUCCUCCAUCGUCUCUGCUUCAGCCAGCAGUCCCAGUGCGACACCCUCAUCCUCGCCACCUCCCACCACCAAUCUGGUCUGUCCAGAUAGUGAUGGCGUCACGUAUAAUUCCAACGGUCAAGCGUUCACAGUCCAGUGUGGCACCGAUCAUGCAGGAAAUGACUUGACAUCUUUGACCACAGACACGUUCGCAGGCUGCGUCGAUGCGUGUGCCACGACAGCUGGUUGUGUCGUUUUGGCCUACUCCGGCACUGCCUGUUAUUUGAAGAACGGGAUAGGAGAGGAAGUUCAGAAUGGUGUCUGGGGAGCCAUCAUCCAAAGGGCGCAAACGUCUUCAACGACGACAUCGUCAUCGGCUGCGUCAACCAUAUCAUCUACGCGGUCCAGCUCGUCCAGCGUCUCCAGCGCGGCCUCCUCACCGUCUUCGACACCUGCUACCAGAAUCACGUGCCCGAAUAGCGAUGGCGUCUCAUACAACUCGAACGGCAAGACCUUUGUCGUUCAAUGCGGCACUGACCAUGCUGGAAAUGACUUCAAGUCCUUGAGCACGGACACAUUUGCUGGCUGCGUCAACGCCUGCGCCACGACGGACGGCUGUGUUGUGUUGGCCGUCGUCGACUCUGUCAGUGUCGUCAACCUCGUCAGCAUCGUCGACCUCGUCGGCGUCGUCAAUCUCGUCAUCGUCUUCAACCUCGUCGACUUCGUCAGCGGCUCCAUCAAUUUCGGUGUCGGUCGCUACAGCUUCUUCGAGUGGUUCGGCAACUUCUUCGUCAGUCUCAUCCACAAGUACAUCUGA